AUGUCUGGCGUCUGGCUGCACGACCCCCGGCACGCCACCUUGCUGCUGGAGCAAGCUCACCGAAUGAGGCUGUGCGGGGCGCUGUGCGACGUGGUGGUCAGCGUGGAAGGCCAGGAGUUCCCCGUCCACGGCCUGGUGCUGGCCUGCGCGAGCCGGACCUUCGCGGCUCUCUUGAGGAGCGGGAGCGUCCGCUACAGCCUCGACUUCCUGGCGGGUCGCACCUUCAGGCGGAUCCUCGAGUACUCCUACACCGGCCGCCUGGAGGCCCCGGCCGAGGAGCUGGGGGAGUUGCUGGAGGCAGCCGGGAUCCUGGCCAUGGAGGGGCUGGAGCAGCAGAUCGCGGAGGUGGCCUCCCGCCGGGGGCUGGGGGGGGAGGGGCGAGGGGGAGAGGCCUCCGAGGGGGCGGGGCAAGGAGGCCCAGAGCGGGAGGGGCGAGGGGGCCCAGCGGGGGAGGGGCGAGGGGGCCCAGCGGGGGAGGGGCGAGGGGGCCUAGCGGGGGAGGGGCGAGGGGGCCCAGCGGGGGAGGGGCGAGGGGGCCCCAAGGAGGAUGGGCGAGGGGGACACGAGGGGGAGGGGCAAGGGGGAGACGAGGGGGAGGGGCGAGGAGGCCCCGAGGGGGCGGGGCGAGGGGGCCCCGAGGGGGCGGGGCGAGGGGGCCCCGAGGGGGCGGGGCGAGGGGGCCCCGAGGGGGCGGGGCGAGGGGGCCCCGAGGGGGAGGGCCAAGGGGGUUCAAAGGGGGUGGGGCGAGGGGUCGCGGGGUCAGGCCUGACGCCGGAGGAGCGGGCCGAGCUCUGGGAGGCCCCGGCACCUCGCCCGCCCGAGGCAGGCGGGUCCCCGGGCGGGGCCGGGACUCCGCUCCGCCCCCCGGGCGCGCCGGUCCGCGGCACCGUCAUCACGGCCCCCUGCCGCCCGGCGCCGGGGCCCGAGGGUCGGGGCGGGGUCAGCUGGCACGGGGACCAGGCCCAGGAUAAGGCCCAGGCCCAGGCCCCGAUCCGGCCCUCGGCGGCCGGGCCCUUGCGGGCCGCUCCCGCUGUCCGGCCCCCCCACCGCCUGGCGUUCCCCGCCACCGUGGACUUCGGCCCUUACCCGGGGCUGGGGCUUCAGGGCAGCGCCCGGCCGCAGUUACCCGGGCGGAUCGAAGAGGCGGGACGGAGGCCGACACCAGCGUUCAGCGCGAGAGCAACGGGCGGACAUCCGGGGCCCGCGGAAGAGUCGGCCCAGCCCCCUCAGAGACUGAUGCUGACGAUGAAUUCGUUUCCCUGCGAGUUGUGUGGAAAGAGAUUUCCCGACAACCUACGUCUCAGAAUGCAUCUCCAGUCACAUUCAGGCUGCAGUGUUGUCAUGUGCAAUCCCUGUGGGGUGAGGAUAAACACAGAGGAAGAACCAAUGAUUCACCGUCAGGCUCAUUCUGGAGAUGUCCCGGUGCCACUGUACCUGCUGUGCGGGAAGCGCUACGAGUCUCGGUUUGCACUGAGGGAGCACAUGGCCUAUCACGGAGGAAGCUGGAGUUACUGCUGCUGGGAAUGCCAGCGCUUGUUCCCCAGCGUCUCGGCCCUCAAACGGCACCUGAGGUCACACGCAGGGAGACCCCUGCACCAGUGCCAAUUCUGUCGGCACCGCUUUCAGGAUGAAAACGCUCUGAGGAACCACAAGCAGAUCCACCAGGGCGAGAAGCCCUAUCAGUGUAAUGACUGCAAGAAGAAAUUCAGCCUCAAGCACCAGCUGGAGACUCACUACAGGGUUCACACAGGGGAGAAGCCCUUCGAGUGUAAACUCUGCCGCCAGCGAUCCCGUGACUAUUCCGCCAUGAUCAAGCACCUUCGAACUCACAACGGUGCCCUGCCCUACCAGUGCACUGUCUGCCGGGAGUUCUGUUCCAGUCUGUCUGCCAUGCAGAAGCACAUCAAGUCCCACAAGCCGGAGGAGAUCCCCUCGGACUGGAGCUUGGAGGAGACCUACCUCUACCUUUGCUACGUGUAAGCCUGUGGAAGGUCGCCCUGGUUGCGCGUGAGGGAUGCUGCAUUAACACGGGCUGGGACCACCCCAUGAGUGGCUCGAUGUCCCAAAACCCCUUACUGCACCCGCCUGGUGUUAGAGGGGAAACUGGGUUGGG